UCUAUGUUUUGGCGAUGUUUUGAUAAUCAUCUCGCGAGAUCGGCAUUUUUACGCAAUAAAAAUGCUUCCGGUGCUUACUCGCGGUAUCCAGGUGUCCAGGAUCGUGGGCCAGGGCCGUCGGCUCCUCAGCACAUCCUCCCUAAGAUGGAGCAACAUCUACAAGAUCCAGAGUCAGGAGGAGUUCACUGAGAAGGUCAGCCAGAGCAAGACUCCAGUGAUUGUGGACUUUUUUGCAACCUGGUGUGGGCCUUGCAAGAUGUUGACUCCAAGAAUUGAGACCAUCAUCCAGGAGAACGAGGGCAAAAUCUCGCUCCUGAAGGUGGAUGUGGAUGAACACAGCGAUUUAGCAUUAGAUUACGACGUUUCGUCUGUUCCGGUGUUGGUUGCCUUCAAGAAUGGCAAGGAGGAAAAUCGAAUAAUCGGCCUACAGGACUCUGACAAGCUACGCAAAUGGGUAGGAGAUGUUGUAAAUAAAUCCUAGAUGAGUCUAUGAAACUCAGUGAUGUGUAGAAACAGAAGGAACCAGUAAAAGAAUGGAAAUAAAGCAAAUCUGAAAAAUGUA